CAAUAUCUUUGCUGUUGAGGCGGUAUUAUUCAAUAUGGCAGUGGCGUGUUGUGUGAGAAAUGUUGUAGUGCAAUCGAAGUAUUUUUGUUUCAACGUGAGAGGUGUUACUGCCAGCAUAGUAUCGCAGUUUUCUUCAACGCAUGCUCAUCCAAAGUACCCUACAAGUGUUCGUGUUGUUGAAGUUGGUCCACGAGACGGUCUACAGAAUGAACCACAAAUUGUUCCAACUGAAGUGAAAAUAGAAUUCAUCAACCGUUUAUCAAGUGCUGGAUUUAAAACAAUAGAGGUUACAAGUUUUGUAUCACCAAAAUGGGUUCCUCAAAUGGCAGAUCACAAGGAAGUUCUAAAGGGCAUAAAGAAAUGGGAAAAUGUAAGCUACCCUGUACUUGUCCCAAAUCUCAAGGGACUUAAUGCUGCUAUUGAAGCUGGAGCUAAGGAGGUAGCAGUUUUUGGCGCAGCUUCUGAGACAUUUAGCAAGAAAAACAUCAACUGUUCUAUCAGUGAAAGUCAACAGCGGUUCAAGGAAGUAAUAACUGAAGCUUUAAACAAUGGCAUUAAAGUGAGAGGCUACGUUUCCUGUGUAUGCGGCUGCCCAUACGAGGGAAAAAUUCAGCCUGAAGCCGUUGCGAAGAUGGCUGCUGCUCUUUACGAAUAUGGUUGUUACGAAAUUUCGCUUGGUGAUACUAUUGGUGUUGGCACGCCAGGUUCCAUGAGAACGAUGCUGGAAGAAGUGAUGAAACAUGUACCUGUCAAAAGUUUAGCAGUCCAUUGUCAUGACACAUAUGGACAGGCAUUAGCCAAUGUCCUCACUUCUUUGGAGUGUGGUGUAACAGUUCUGGACUCAUCAGCCUCUGGGCUAGGUGGCUGUCCAUAUGCCAAAGGUGCAUCAGGAAACGUUGCUACUGAAGACCUUGUCUACAUGCUACAUGGAAUGGGCAUUGAAACAGGAAUUGACAUGGAAAAGCUCCUCGAAGCUAGUGAAUUUAUUGCAAAUAGUCUUAAAAGGCCAACUGGUUCUAAAGUGUGUCAAGCUCUUAGCAAGUUAUGAUAUGUUAACAAAAAACAUCUUGGCUGUAUUUAUAUCUGUGAUCAUACCUCAUUAUAAUAAUUCAAAACAAAUUCUGUACUUGGAGUGUAAUAUAUUCUAUUUUGAGGCGCUA